AGCGAGCUACAAUACACGUGUAUGACAGGGAAUAAAGGAGAGUGAAACAUUUUAAGAGAUCUGACAGACGCAUGCGCACUAAACUACUCCCUGAGGCGCCAUAAGUAAACAUGGCGUCCGCCUGCUUCUCAAAGAUUACCCGUACGCGGAAAUCUACGUGUAGCAAAGCCGGACAAGUGUGGGCACCUGAAGGAGCGACUGCAUUUAAAUGCCUGAUAUCUGCCCGAUUCUGUGCAGCCCUGCUGAGUAAUAUCUCUGACUGUGAUGAAACAUUCAACUAUUGGGAACCUACUCACUACCUCGUAUACGGCAAAGGAUUUCAGACCUGGGAAUAUUCUCCAGUCUAUGCGUUGCGGUCCUAUGCGUACCUAUGGCUGCAUGCGUUACCUGCCUGGUUCCAUGCAAAUAUCCUGCAGACAAACAAGGUCCUGGUAUUCUACUUCAUACGAUGCUUUUUGGCUUUCUGUAGCUGUGUAUGUGAACUUUAUUUUUACAAAGCUGUAUGCAAACGAUUUGGACUCCAUGUUGGGCGACUGAUGCUGGCUUUCCUUGUACUCAGCACAGGAAUGUUUUGUUCCGCUGCUGCAUAUCUUCCUAGCAGCUUCUGCAUGUACACCACGCUGAUAGCCAUGACGGGCUGGUACAUGGAAAAGGUCUCUGUGGCUGUGCUGGGAAUUGCUGCUGGAGCUAUUUGGGGAUGGCCUUUCAGCGUAGUACUCGGGGUGCCCAUCGCCUUUGAUUUACUUUUUCUGAAACACAAAUGGAAGAGUUUUAUUAAUUGGUGUGUAGUGGCGCUAAUAUUAUUCCUGGUUCCAUUGGUGGCUAUUGAUAGUUAUUACUAUGGAAAGCUGGUGCUAGCGCCUCUUAAUAUUGUCCUGUAUAAUGUGUUCACGCCUCAUGGACCUGACUUGUAUGGCACAGAACCUUGGUCUUUCUACUUCGUCAAUGGUUUCCUCAACUUUAACAUAGUCUUCAUUAUGGCGCUGUUGGCUUUGCCCUUGACGUGGCUGAUGGAGCAUCUGUUGCAGAAAAUUAACACAGUUCAGAAUCUUGGUAGACCAUAUUGGCUUACAUUGGCACCCAUGUAUAUCUGGCUUUUGAUUUUCUUCAUGCAACCUCAUAAAGAGGAGAGGUUUCUUUUUCCUAUCUACCCACUCAUCUGUUUGUGUGGGGCCGUAGCCCUUUCUGCUCUGCAGAAAUGUUACCACUUCUUAUUUCAACGGUACCGUCUAGAGCAUUAUACAGUUUCUUCCAACUGGCUUGCCAUUGGUACUGUCUUGCUGUUUGGUCUCGUGUCCUUUUCGCGUUCCAUAGCCUUGUUUAAAGGCUACCAUACACCAUUAGAUUUGUAUCCUGAGUUUUACAGAAUUGCCAAAGACCCUACUAUUCAUACUGCACCAGAGAGCAAGACUGUGAAUGUAUGUGUGGGGAAAGAAUGGUAUCGGUUUCCAAGUAAUUUUCUUCUUCCAGACAAUUGGCAACUUCAGUUCAUUGAAUCAGAAUUCAGAGGGCAACUCCCAAAACCUUAUGCCAAGGGGCGGCUAGCUACAAGAAUUAUCCCCAAGGACAUGAAUGAUCAGAAUCUGGAAGAGACAUCUAGAUAUGUGGACAUUGCCAAGUGUCACUAUUUGGUUGAUUUUGAUACUUCCACCAAGACACCACGGGAGCCACGGUACUCAAGUAAGGAGGAAUGGAUGGUUAUCGCUUACAAGCCAUUUCUGGAUGUUUCAAGGUCCUCCAAGCUGUUUAGAGCAUUUUAUGUCCCCUUUGUAUCCAGCUGGCACACAACAUACUCGAAUUACACUAUUUUGAAAACCCGUCGGCCCAAGCAGAUGAUGAAGAAGAAGAACUUGGGAUAAGGAAAGACCCAGUAUAAACAUGGGAACCCACUUGGUCCUGCUGUGAGAUAUUCUCCUGUUCCAGUCACAGGGGCCUUUCAUAUGUUUUGGCAGUAUGUGUGAGCCUUGCUGCUUUCUUACUGUAUAGAACAGUCUUAUAAUAUGUUCUGGUCAGCUCUUCUUUUAAUAUGACCAAAACAAACAAGUUGUUGAGAGUUGUAAAUUUUAUGUUCUCCAUGUAUUAACUUUAUUCCUGGAUUCUGAUUAAUGAUGUAUAUUUAAUGUUGUCAAUACAUUCAAAUGUAAUUUAAUGCCUGAUGUCUAUCUAUGGGGGUCGAAGAACUUUUACAUUUACCUGGAAUGGGAUUUUUUUUAUUUGAUCACGUAGAGCACUCUAGCCAUCAUGUUUGUUUUUAGUUAUUUCUUGUACUUUUCUUUGGAAUAGGGUACUGGAACAGGUUGCCUAUCAUUAGACAUUCGGAAGGUCCACUAGCUCAGUAGAUAGAUACCCUUAAUCACCCUCCUUCAAAUAUGCCUAAUAUGGUGUAAUAAAACACCACGAGUAUUAUAGUCUACCAGAAUUGCUUGCACAGGGGACAGAUAUGGUUUUGUGGUCUACAAAAAGGUUUGUGUAGCAAGCUUCUUCAGUGGUUUUAUGUCCAAAAGUGGGUAAUCCUUUUAAGGUUUAUAGAGAAUGGCUAAUGCCACCUUAUAGCAAAGUCAAUGUUUUAUGACAUAUUGUAUCUCAUAUAACCUUUCCUCUGGAUUUUUCAUUUUACCCCUUCGGUUGUUAUUGUCUCCCAGACUGAAAUGCAAUAUCUGUUUGGUCCACUCCACUCUCCUCGAUCCUCUGCUUUGAGUCCAUUUGUUGUUAUAUGGUUAUUUUGCUCUGAGACCAAAGAUGAGUAUGUUGGUGUGUCACAGUGUGACUUCACAUGAACCAACUGCUGAUGAUGAAGUCUUUUUAUUGUCCUCAUCUGUACAUUAGCAUAGAUAUGCAUUAUAUAAGGUAUACAUAGAACUGCUUUUACAGGCAUAGUCUUUAAGUCCAGCAAUAGUAUUGUAAAUAGUGUAUUACAACACAGGUACAUGCAUGUACAAGUGCAGGAUAUAUGGGACACAACCAAUAAAUAGGGGUUAAAAAGGGGGUGAUACUAAAAUUGUAUAAUUGCUUAAAGGGGUACUCCGCUGCUCAGCGUUUGGAACAAACUGUUCCGAACGCUGGUGCCGGGAGCUCGU